GUGUGGAUUUAGCUUCGCCCUUUCCUGUGCCGUCAUUGGUCCCUGUUCUACUUCUGAAUCUGAGCAUGUGUAUGUGCCGCUUAGCUGUUAGCAUUUAGAGAUGGCCGCAGACAAGCAAAACGACGCUAAAUUGUCCUCCAUGGAUGAAAAUAAAGAAAAUUCACCAGAUGGAGGACUUGGACUGGAAAUUUUGCAAAUAAUCAAGGAGUCCCAGCAGCAACAUGGCCUCAGGCACGGAGACUACCAGAGAUACAGGGGUUACUGCUCCCGCAGACUGCGUCGCCUGCGCAAGACUCUUGGCUUCAGGAUGGGCAACCGACAUAAAUUCAUCGGGAAGAAAAUAACUGUUGAAAUGAUUUCUGACAGCAGGUAUCUGUUGUUGGUUUUGAUGGAGGCAGAGCGUGCAUGGAGUUAUGCCAUGCAGCUGAAGCAGGAGGCCAACACAGAGCCACGUAAGCGCUUCCACCUGCUUGCAAGACUACGCAAGGCUGCCAAGCACAGCGAAAAGUUGGAGAAGCUCUGUGAGAGCCCCCGUGUUGACGCCAAGACCAAACUUGAGGCACAGGCCUACACUGCAUACCUGACUGGUAUGGUGGAGUUUGAACUGCAGGAGUGGAAGCUUGCCAUGGAGGCCUUCAACAAGUGCAAGACCAUCUAUGAAAAGCUUGCCAGUGCUUUCACUGAGGAGCUGGCAGUUCUGUACCGCCAGCGUGUGGACGAGAUAUCACCCAACAUCCGCUACUGCGCUUACAACAUUGGUGACCAGAACGCCUAUGACUUGAUGCAGAUGAGACUGACUGGUGGGGGGAGCAUGAUGGCUGAGAAACUAGAUUAACGUACAGGAGCUCUGAUCACUCAGGCCAGAACCAAGCAGGCAGCCACCAUGAGUGAGGUAGAGUGGCGAGGGCGGUCAGUGCCUGUCAAGAUCGAUAAGGCCCGCAUAUUCCUGUUGGGUCUGGCAGACAAUGAGGCCGCUAUCGCUCAGACAGCCAACGAGGAGACCAAAGAACAUCUCUAUGAGACCCUGCUGGCCGAGUGCAGAGACACCAUCCAGGCUGUGAGAGAGGACCUCAAGAGUGAGGCGAAGCAGCGAGAGAGGGGCUCUGAUGCAGACAGCAGCAAGGUGUCCAACCUGCAGUUCCUGCACAGUUACCUGACCUACAUUAAACUGUGUACGUUGGUGAAGAGGAAUGAGAGCAUGGCCCAUACUCUGCAGGCUAAACUGAAAGAACCUGAAGCCGAUGAGAACAAGCGAGGACCCCGUCCACAGGAUCUCAUACGCCUCUACGACAUCAUCCUGCAGAGUCUGGCUGAGCUUGCCACCCUGCAAGGCCUGGAGGAUGACCACACCUUCCAGAAGGAGGUGUCCCUCAAGACGCUCGUCUACAAGGCCUACAGGUGUUUCUUCAUCGCCCAGUCUUAUGUGCUGGUGAAGAAGUGGAGUGAGGCACUUGUGCUGUAUGAGAGGGUGCUGAAAUACGCCAAGGAAGUCCAGUCUAAGGCCAAGAGCCUCAACAACACCCUGAAGGAUCUCCCUGAUGUCCAGGAGCUCAUUGCUGAGGUCAACGCUGAAAAAUAUUCCCUUCAAGCUGCUGCUAUUUUAGAUACUGAUGAGACUGCUGAAGUUCCCUCUCAGCAGCAGGUCAAAGACAACACGCCCCUUUGCCAACGCCUGGAGACCUUCCGCCUCGAUCCCGCCCUCGUAGGAAAGAGGCCCAAUUUGGUCCAGUUUCCUCCCGACUUCCAGCCAAUCCCCUGCAAGCCCCUGUUCUUUGACCUUGCUCUCAACCAUGUGGCCUUCCCGCCCCUAGAUGACAAGGUGGAACAGAAGGGCAAGGGGGGUCUCACCGGCUACAUCAAGGGCAUCUUUGGCUUUGGCAGCUAAAUCAAUCCUCCAGGCUUUGGUUUCCACAGUUUACCACAACCAAACAGAUGUGGGUCAGUUGUUACUUUGAAUCAUUUAAAAUUACUUUUAUGUUAGAUUCUUAGUGCCUAAAGUGCAAGAUGGGGGAAGUUUGCAGCUCUGAGGAAGGCAGAGUAAAUCUCUUCUUUCAAGAAAGGUUAUAGAAAAGUAAUUGAGUCCAUUUCCAAUAGCAUUAUGACCCAAGUCACCUCUAGCUUAUUUACGGAGGUGUCUGUGAACAUUAGGCUUUACAGGUUACCAUCCUGUCUUUAAGUACAGCCAAGUUGUUAAUCUCAUAAACCUGUCAGAGUAAACUAAUCCAUCAAUAGUAGUUAUUCUUUUUUCACUGCCAUGUAAGCGCCUUUAUGUAAUUACGUCUUAGUUUUUUCUUAUGCAAGAUGUUUUUUGGCAUUGUUUCUUAAACAUGAAAUUUACCAAGUGCAGUUUUGUUAUGGCAGCUACUUUGACUUAAAACAAAGUAAAAGUAUUGCUCAUCAAAUACCAUAAAUAUUAUGUGUAGUUCAACAAACAGAAGCUGUUUUUUUCAAUCAUCAGCAUAGUUUUAGAAGAAACUGUCCCAUUUCUUCCCUCCACCUUUGCUAUGAUCUCCUCUGCUUUUGACUGCAUUAAGAAGCCAAUUUGGGGUGACAAAGUCAAUUAUUUGGUUAAAAGCCAUGAAUCUAAAUGUUUUUCUUUAAAAAAAAAAAAAAAAAAAAUCCUGGAUGGUUCAGUGUUUCAAUUUUACAUCUUCACCAGUCAUACUGUAUAUGUUGUCCUGUAUGACAUUUGGCAUUAAACUUAACAUCAUUUUAGAGAAGGUUCCUACUGCUUCAGCAUCUCCAUGAAAGCGCAAGCAGCAAUUUCUAACACCUCCAAAGGGGCCUGCUGGCUGAUGAGCUGAAACACAAAUUAUUAAAUUGGCCUGAUCCCCCUCCAUUCUCCAUGUCUCAUAGUACUAGUGCAGCAUUUCAGACUGUAUUUGUGUAAUGUUUUUAUUUUUACAUUUUUAUUUGCAUUUCAGCAAAAUCAAUGUUGUAGGACAUUAAUAAUGGAGGGAGUAUUUUUAGCAGCCUUUGUUUUAUUACGCUACACUUCCGUUUCGUCCUCCUGAGUAGGACUAAAAUGUCUAUGGCUAUACUGUAACUA